UAUUCUCUCCCCCGGUUGUAGAGAGAGAGAGAGAGAGAGGACGUCGUUUCGAGGUCCCGAGAUGAGGACGGAACGAUCAGCCAUGGCGGGGUCGCCCGACCCGAUCUCCGAUCAUCCGUCGUCGGCCUCCACCUGCUGCUUCUGCUUCCCCCGCUUCCGCACCCGCGCGUCGCCUCCGGCCUCCGGAUUGUCCUUCUGGGAGCGGGUGGGAUCGAGCGGGCACCGCCGCCACGACGACGCCGAGGGCUGGUGGGCCCGCGGGCUCAGGUCCCUGAAGAAGCUCCGCGAGUGGUCCGAGAUCGCCGCCGGCCCCAAGUGGAAGACCUUCAUCCGGCGAUUCAACCGGAGGCCGCACCGGCACGGGCGGUUCAACUACGACGCGCUGGAUUACGCCCUCAACUUCGACGAGGGGCAGAACGGGGACGUCGACGAGGAGGGCGAGAAGGGCACCGGGUUCCUUAACUUCUCGGCCCGGUUCGCUUCCUUGCCCGGCUCGAUCAAGUCGGACCCGGCGAAGGCGACGGCGACGGCCCCGGCGGUGGAUUUAGGGAGGGCCUCGGAGGUGCCGGUUUUCGCGUAGGCGAGCGGCGGCGGCGUCGGGGAGCGCACGCGCGCUAAUUUAGGCGAAUCACGAGCGGAAUUAGCUGGAGUGUUGACCUUGUCGGCGGUGCCACGUCAUUUUGCUUUAGAAAGAUAGAUUUUUUAUUUUAUUAAGAGACUAUAGUCAGUUUAGCGGGCGCAUAGAUUAGAUUUAGAUCGCGUGAAUGUGUAUAGAGUUGGGUUGGAAUCACCGGUGUUUGUCGGGGAAUUACAUUUGUUUCUUGUUUGUGAUGAUGCAGAGGUUGUCGAGUUCAUUUCAAAGAUUGAUCGAAGUUCAUUUGAAAAAUGAAGGCCAAACCAAAAGCCCUUUUCUCUUUUUU